GCGGCGCCCAAGCAGCCCGCGGGAGCCCCGGAACGGGCCUGGGCCGCCGCCUCCGGACUAGGAUGUCCCGACAUGAAGGUGUCAGCUGCGAUGCAUGUUUAAAAGGAAAUUUUCGAGGUCGACGAUUCAAGUGCUUAAUUUGCUACGAUUACGAUCUGUGUGCAACUUGUUAUGAAAGUGGUGCAACAACAACGAGGCAUACAACUGACCACCCCAUGCAGUGCAUACUAACAAGAGUAGAUUUUGAUUUGUACUAUGGUGGAGAAGCUUUCUCUGUAGAGCAGCCACAGUCUUUCACUUGUCCUUAUUGUGGAAAAAUGGGUCAUACAGAAACAACUCUUCAAGAACAUGUUACUUCUGAGCAUGCGGAAACAUCAACAGAAGUGGUUACAACAAGGGAACAGGCUGCUCAUACAGGAGCAGAAGGAACAAGUCAGGGCCUACUGAACCGAUAUGAGGCUGAAGGCGGAGAUAUUUCAUCACAGAAACUUUUCUCUUCUCUGGCAGAGCUUUUAUCUCAGUUAUCAGGCGUGAGGCGUUCUGCAGGAGGACAGAUCAAUUCCUCUAGCCCUUCUGCUUCUCAGUUACAGCAGCUGCAGAUGCAACUGCAGUUGGAACGACAACAUGCACAAGCAGCGAGACAACAACUGGAGACUGCACGCAAUGCAACUAGACGCACCAACACGAUCAAUGUCAACACCACUAUUACACAAUCUGCAACAACAACCAACACAUCUAACACGGAAAACAGUCAGCAGACUAUCCAGAAUUCCCAGUUUCUUCUUACAAGGUUGAACGAUCCGAAGAUGUCGGAAGCGGAGCGUCAGUCAAUGGAGAGCGAACGGGCGGACCGCAGCCUGUUUGUUCAAGAGCUUCUACUGUCCACUUUGAUGCAGGAAGAAAGUUCCUCCUCAGAUGAGGAUGAGAGGGGGGAGAUUGCCGAUUUUGGUGCUAUGGGCUGUGUAGAUAUUAUGCCUUUAGAUGUUGCUUUAGAAAACCUAAAUUUAAAAGAGAGUAAUAAAGGAAACGAGCCUCCUCCACCUCCUCUUUGAUGACAUCCCACUUUGCAGACAAUGUCCUCUGUGCUGUAUUUGCCAAUGAAAGUGGACAACAACUAUCUUGGGUUUGUUUUGGUGAUUGUAAUUUCAGGUCUGUCACUCUUGUUACGUUGUGUACAUUAAAAAGAAAGAGAAAAAAGAUAUAUAUGAUAAUCAUUUCCACUUAACUAAUUUUUACUUCUAGCAGGUAAAUGUAGGUUGCGGUGCAGAGCAAAAGGCUCUGUGUCCUGUACCUUGACAUGCAAAGGCUCUCCUAAUACUCCACAUUCAAACUGAAGAGGAAAAAAUGAAAAAUCUCUAAUGAAGCUGCUGUGUGUAUUUAUGAAUAUUAAUGAAUAAAAAAUGCUUGGAUGGUU